AUGCCUGCAGAACGCAAGAAAAGAGCAAAGCGCGACGGCGCGGCCAUAUCGGAGACCUCCAGGAGCAUCUCGGCGAAGAAACGACAGCCCUACUCCCUACCGUCCCUAUCCCUCCCCCCUACAAACAAUACGGCAAUCAACGUCAAAGUACUUCCCCUCCCUAUCGUAGGGAAAGGACUCGGGCGAGGACUCACCUGGACGGUAGACGAGCGCCCAACGGAGCAACUCCGAAAAGGAAUAAGCGUCAAGUUGUUCACAGACGUGCAGACGUCCGGGAUAGGACGCCUCUCCGUGGUCUCCGAUUUGCGUAGGCACUGGGUCACGUUCAUAGUGGUUGGGGCUGCACAGCCGUGCAACCUACGCGUGCCGAUCCCGUGGGCGACUCUAGAGGACCUAGAGAGUUAUACGCACCAGCGCCACUACUUCAGCCUCGCGAUCCUCCCUCCCCCGCACCACUCCUUCACCAACAGAUCGGCUUUCCUGAAUGCCGACGACAACCCGUACGAGUUCGAUAUCGAGGAGACCGACUUGCCCUCCUUCUCGACUAGGCUCGAGACCAUCACCAACGACUACUAG